UACGGCGUGGGCAUACCAAGCAAUGGGCCCCCAUACUACACCCCACCAUAUUAGAUACAUAUACCCAGUGCCGCCAUGAAUCCUGCGCUUUCGAAGUUUAUUCUCAAAGCUACUCCAGACUCUAUCCUCAAUCCACAGCCCGACAUGAACACCGCAAUCCCCCUCAAUACUGGCGCUACAAUCCCCGCCCUCGGCCUGGGAACAUGGCAGUCUGCGCCUGGUGAGGUCAAGAAGGCUGUGAUCCACGCCAUUGAGGGCGGUUACAGGCACAUUGACUGCGCCUACUGCUACCAGAACGAGGACGAGGUCGGUGAGGCUCUCCAGGAUGUCAUCUCGCGGGGCAUCGUGAAGCGCGAGGACCUGUUCAUCACCAGCAAGCUCUGGUGCACAUUCCACACCCGCGCUGAGGAGGGUCUCCAGAAGAGCUUGGAUCUGCUGAAGACCCCCUACGUCGACCUUUACCUCACGCACUGGCCGGUGCCCAUGAACCCCAAUGGAAAUCACCCCCUCUUCCCUAAGCUCGAGGACGGCAGCCGUGACAUCGACCACUCUAUCACCCACGUCGACACAUGGAAGAGCCUCGAGAAGCUGAUCCAGACACACCCUGAGAAGGUCAAGGCCAUUGGUGUUGCAAACUACUCCGUCAAGUACCUCGAGAAGCUGCUCGCAAAGGCCACCAUUACCCCAGCCGCCAACCAGAUCGAGAACCAUCCUCUGCUGCCACAGCAGGAGAUCGUCGACUUCUGCAAGGAGAAGGGCAUCCACAUCACCGCAUACAGCCCGCUCGGCAGUACGGGCUCGCCUCUCUUCAAGGAUGAGGGCGUCAUUGCCGUUGCAAAGAAGCAUGACGUUGCUCCUGCUACUGUCCUUCUCUCUUACCACCUUGCACGCAACUCCUCCGUUCUCGCCAAGUCUGUGACACCGUCGCGCAUUGAUGAGAACCGCAAGCUUAUCUCGCUUGACAAGGAGGACAUUGAGAACCUUGAGGCUGUCCAGAAGAAGAACGGUCCUACACGAUACGUUUACCCGCCGUUUGGCGUCGACGUCGGUUUUGCUGAUAAGCCUGGUGGCAUUGACCUUUCUGGUUGACUUCCUGAGGGCAGGCUGUGAGGUAUACUUGAGAUAGACAAAAGGUUCUGAUUGGGACGAAACAUGUGUUAC